GUGUGACAUUGCUCUCAGGUCUCAGAGGAAACCGGUUUUUUGUGAGGUGUGACCAGAGUUAAUAAAAUGAUUGUACCAGAAACUGUGCCUUCAGACCAGCUGGCAUCAUGAAGCUUCUACUGUGUACCUUCAUCCUGGUGCUCCUGUGUAGCGCCUCUGUGCAUUCUCUGAAAUGCUUCACAUGUGAAAAUGGGAAUUGUAAGACCCCCACAGAAUGUCCAGCACACAGCAACUUCUGCAAAACUGUCUCAUCACCUGAUGAAUUCUCUCGGACUUGCGAGGAGUUCUGCGUCCCUGGAGUGAACACCUUCUGCUGUCAGGAAGACUUCUGCAGCUGAUGAGCAGCUCAUCAUAGCAAUGUAGCUUUACAAGAAUACAAUAUUCAAAGUAAUAAUCUAUAAUCUUACAAUACUUGUAUUAACUGACCCAAGUGAUUUAAAUGCAUAAAUAAAAAUCUACAACUUUA